AUGUUUGGAUCACCAUUUGCUAGGUCAAACGGCCAAGGGGUGUCGUCUCCACCAUCUCAUUUUAAGGAUUCCGCCAGAAAUGCUAUUUAUCAGCAAUUAUCUCCACUGGUGAUAACGUCGACCAGUGCAGCGUCCAUACGAUCGGCACCUUCACAGUUCAAGAACUCACAUAAUCACGUUCUGCAACGUUCACUGGCAUCAAGUGUUUUCUCUAGCAACAAGAGAUCUGUACGUUCGGCUCCAUCGAUAUACUCGAGCUCCACAGCCACAAUACCAGAGGACUCGGAGCCCAUUUCUACUUCUGUGGAACAGCUAGUCAACGAUAUAGCGUUGCAUGAGAACUAUUUUUAUGAACAAAUGCAAGAGAAAAUGCGCCGGGGGUCUAUGACGAGUGUGGAUGAGAUGGACGAUAGCGAUGAUUUAUAUAAGAUUUCGCUUGGGUCACAGCUCCAGUAUCAGAACGUCCCGGAGUCGCUCAUUGAUUGGAAUUUAAAUGUGACAAGAUGUAAGUUGAUUCUUACUCACUUGCCUUUGGUGUCGUCUAUACCCGACUUCAGCUACUCCACGCAUUCAUUACCGCAGAUAGUGGGUGAUUUGGCAAAUAUGUGCCACCUUGUCCUAAUUCAACCGCACAUUACUGACAAAGAAUUGAUAUAUACGUUAUUUUCUUCGAAUAUUUACCAGGAGCACAACUUAGAUUAUCAGUUUAAGAAAUCGGUAGCGGAAAUAUCUGUCAAGCAAUCGCGCCUUCUACAAAUCAACUCCCCCAAACUGAGUAUUCUGUCACCGAUCACGUCGUCUGACAAUCAGAGUUUUUUGAAAUUCAAAUUCAAAGAGAUCGCUAUAAGAAACUACCUAGUUAAUUUGGCAGCUGCGGCUACCACGGCUUACGAGUACAAGGUGAAAUCAGAUAGCAUUAAGAAAUCAUUAAAAAUGGCGGAUAAAAAGGGUAAGUUAUCGAAGGAUGAGAAAAAGAAGUUAUGGGAACUGGUAAGACUGGAUGUAUUCAAAAGAGCUGGCUUAGAAGAAUAA